UUUCAUUUCAGUUCAGUUCAUUACUUCAUUUCAUAUAUAGAGACUGCUUCUGCAACAGAGCACAAACUAGAAACACAACAAUGGCUUACGAAGAAGAAAAUCCUCAGCCAAAUCAACCCCUCCCCCGCCGUACGCCGCCGUUCUCGCCGUCAACGUCUUCCCGGCAUUCUUCCUUCGGAUCAUCCUCAUCGUCGUCAUCGUCGAUGUGCUCAUUGAACGAGGAAUUAUUCUCUCCGUUAAAUCCAUCCAUGGCGGCCCGAGGAAUCCCAUUUUCUUGGGAACAAACCCCCGGAAUCCCAAAGAGCAACCGAAUUAACCCCAACCAGCAGGAUCAGCCCUCCGGCAAUGAGCUCCUCCCUCUGCCGCCGCCCGGAAACCCUAAUUCCGGCGCCAGGAAGACGACGACGACGACGGAGAGGGAUCCCUUCGCAGCAGCGCUGGUGGCGUGCUCGAAGGACGACGAGUACCAUGGAAGCUUCUGGAGAGAAGGGUUGAAGAACACGAGGAGUUUGAGCGACAGAUUUGGAUUCAUUAGCAUCUACACUUCCUGCAAGAGAACCUGUGCAGUUUCAGAAUCCAUCGUCUACCUCCCACGAUCCAACGACCCACAUUGCAUCCACAGCCGUCGAUCUAGGUAAUAGAUACAACCAACAAAUUCGACGGCCAUGAUCGAUCGAUCGAUUCAUCUCAUCGCAAGUGAAUAAUAAUAAUAAUAAAAUUAUGUGUGUUUGUUUA